UUGUGCAGACGAGGAAGCAGCGAUGGCAGCCGUAGUGAAGGGAACUGUUGCGGUCGAAGACGUUAACGUCACUUUUGAAGAUCAGCAGAAGAUCAAUAAAUUUGCCCGGAACUCGAGUCGGAUGUCCGAGUUCAAAAGUGAAAUAGAGGCAAAGAAAAAAUCGCUGCAGAACCUGCAGGACGCCAGCGACGACCUCAUGAUGCUAGACGACGACUGUCAGCUGAUCCCGUAUCAAAUCGGUAACGUGUUCAUCAGCCACACCCAGGAGGAAACGCAGGAGAUGCUGGAGACGGCCAAGAAAGCACUGGAGCAGGAGGUCGGAGGCCUCGAGGAGAAAGUGUCGGGGAUACAGCAGGUGUUGGGGGAUCUGAAGAUCCAGCUCUACGCCAAGUUCGGCAACAACAUUAACCUGGAGGCGGACGAAAGCUGAGCCGUGAAAUGGACUUUGACAGUUUCGCCGACACAGACUUUUUCCUGCAACUCUCGUAUCACAUCUGCUGGACGUUUUUCAAACCGAGCAGCGACAUGAACAGCUUAGGUUUGUAGCUUCUGUUUACGCAGGUGAUAUACACAAAGUCACAAAGGUAAAAAUAAAUAAAUACACUUCAUUUCUCCUGUAUUUAAUCGGCCUCUUAUUUAAUGUUCAUGUUUUUUUUUUACUUGUUAUAGAGGCUAAAGUAAAAAAGAGGAACAAAACGUCUGUUUCAGCUUCUGUUCAACAUUCUGCACAACGACCCAUUUCAUUUACGAGCCUGCUGCAUAUUUGAUUCCCUGAAAGGUUUGAAUUAACUUAAUAAAAGUUCAGUUUGACAACA